GAUCCUGGGGCAGAAGGAAAGCCACCUGCCGGCUGGUGUCACCUCCUCCGGCCCCCUGGACGGGUAGAGGGAAGGCGCCAUGGAGCCCGCUGGACCCGGACGCCCAGAAAGCAGCGGGCAGCCCGGCAGCAGCCCGCUCCCCAACGGCGGAGGGCAGCCGAAGCAAGCGAGCUGGGAGGAUGCCAAGGCCUUUUAUGAAAACCUCUCUCCCAAAAAGAAGCCCAAAUCACCGAAGCCCCAGGACGCCGUCACCAUCGCGGUGUCCUCCCGUGCCCUGUUCCGGAUGGAGGAGGAGCAGAAGGUCUACCGUGAGCAGGGCCUGGAGGCCUACGUGAAGUACCAGCUUCAGCACGAGGAGGAGCCCUUCCUGCCUGGAGCGGCGUUCCCUUUUGUCAAGGCCCUGGAAUCUGUCAACCACCAGCUGCGGGAGCUGUUCCCAGACAGCGAGGAGCUUUUUGACACUGUCCUCGUGACCAACAACCAUGCACAAGUGGGGGUUCGCCUGAUCAACAGCAUCAACCAUUACAAUCUAUUCAUUGAGAGGUUUUGUAUGACAGGUGGGAACAGCCCCAUCUGCUACUUGAAGGCCUACCAUACCAAUCUGUACUUAUCAUCGGACUGUGAGAAAGUGAGUGAGGCCAUAGAAGAGGGUAUUGCAGCCGCCACUAUUUUCACCCCCGAGAAGGAUGUGCCAGUCUCGGAGAAGCAGCUGCGUGUCGCCUUUGAUGGAGACGCUGUGCUGUUUUCAGAUGAGUCAGAGCAGAUCGUAAAGGCUCAUGGCCUAGACAAGUUCUUUGAGCAUGAGAAGACUUACGAGAACAAGCCUCUUGCUCAGGGACCACUGAAGGGCUUCCUGGAAGCACUCGGGAAGCUUCAGAAGAAGUUCUACUCCAAAGGCCUGCGCCUGGAAUGCCCAAUCCGCACCUACCUCGUUACAGCUCGCAGUGCCGCCAGUUCUGGGGCCCGGGCCCUAAAAACUCUCCGGAGCUGGGGACUAGAAACGGAUGAAGCCCUCUUUCUGGCUGGCGCACCCAAAGGCCCCUUGCUGGAGAAGAUCCGCCCACAUAUCUUCUUUGACGAUCAGAUGUUUCACGUGGAGGGGGCAAAGGAGAUGGGCACUGUUGCCGCCCACGUUCCUUAUGGGGUUGCCCAGAAGUACAAGCUCUCAGGACAAAGAAAGGCAGCUCAGAACAGCAAGUAGUGCCCAGGAAUGGGCCUGGGCUGGACCGGCUUUUGAUACUCGGAGAACGUCUCGGUUGGUGGGUACAAACUUCUAGGAUAACUAGAACCAAGGGUAUUGGAAUGGCAAAUGUAGGAUCUCCUGCUGCCCGUACCCACUGCACUUUAAGCCCUUCCCCACCAGCACAAUGGCUGUGCCCACACCCUCCUGUCAGCCCCCCCGAGCAUCUCCUGGGCUCUUUGGCGUCACU